GUGCGUGUUUAUAUGCACCCUGAGCACAGUAAAAAAGAAAAGAAGGGAAAAGUGAAAAGGCAAAAGAUGAAACAACACUGUUUUUUUAACAACAGUGCCUGUGUUUUAUACAAAGCCCAAAUACAGAAUGCCAAGUGAAACUACAUUUCCUAGCAUCGCUCGUUAUGAAAGUUUCCUUCUUAUUGGCCCCCUUUGAGAACUGCAUUUCCCAGCAUUCCCCGCGGAGCCAGUUAUGCUUGAAGCAUUUGCUUUUCGUAGCUUAGCGCGAUUCUUUUGCCGGAGGCGGGCCUGGGGUGGCUACGAAUAACAAUAUCGCUACUGAGAGACUCGACCAUGGCUGACAGCGGGGACUACGGUUCCCCCUCGAGCCCACUCUCAGAUCCUGGACCGCCUCCUGCUGCUACCACUACUACGCCGCCUCCACUUCCACGCCUGGAGAAGCCGCUGCGCCAGGCCUUCUACAAUACGGGGGCGCUAGUGCUGGCCGGGCUGUGCUGCGGGGCGGCUGUGCUGGUCUACUUCAUCCUGGAGGCCUUCCUGAGGCCGCUCCUGUGGGCCGUGUUAUGCGGCACUUUCUUGCACCCGUUUAAGAGCUCGCUAACGACGCUGGGCCGGGACUGGCUCCGUCGGCUCCGGCGUUCCGGCACGCCAGUCCUCUUGGCCACUUUUUUGCUACCGCUCUGCUGUGUGAACGCUGCCGCGGAGUCCUUGGGCAGACAGGUCCUUAAGCGCGGCCGGCUGCUCCUGCUCCUGGGUGCUGGAGGACCCGCUUUCUACCUCCUCUACGCCCUCGGAAGUUCCCUUGGAGUCCAGGUCGCGCUGUCCCAGGCCGCUGCUGUCAUCUGGCGAGGGCUGGACUACUUCAGUAGCCUCUGGAUAUGGACCUUGAUAGCAGGCUAUCUUUUGACUGUAUUUUUCAAGUGGAAUCCAAACACUGAACAUUACUUGAGAACAAUCUCUCUUCCUAUCUGGAUUAUCCUGCUCUUCCAUUUGGCGUCUGCUGCUGGCUCUUGGAGGAUUCCAGUAUUUCUCCUUAUAGUUGUGUUAAUGACUGUAGGAAUGUUGCAUGAGCAACCAAGUGGAAACGAGUCUUCAGGGACAGAACUUCCUGGUCAGAUGAUUUCCAUUGCAACAUCUACAAUUGCCAUGGCAAUAUCUGUUACAGGAUAUGAAUUAAGUAAUGAAGAACAUCCAUUACAACCUUCAGAAAGUGUUGAUUCUACUUCAUCUUCUUCACCUUCUCCAUCCACUGUGAGUGGUAGACAGAGACCUGCGAUUGGAGCACUGCUUAAAAAGAAGAAAACUAGUGAAAUCUACUUUGUAUUACUUGCAUGGGCUAUUGUUAUAGUCCAGAUCUGGUUGAAUUUCUGGAUAAUUCAGUUGCUGCCAGUGCCUGUUGCAGUGUGGGUUCUCAAAAAACUUGUGGUACACUUUGGAGUAGUGACGUUCCUUAUGAGUCACUGCAGCAGCUGGUGGAAUGUCCUGGAAGGCUUCCUGAAAGAGCGUCAGGAGGCUCUUGCACCACGACCAAUCAAAGGGCUUGGAAGAGUCAUACUAAAACUAGAUAGUAAGCUGUGGCAUUGGCUUAAUAAGAAGAUAAUUGUGUGGUUGGAGAAAACGCUAGAUAAAAUCAUUAGCAUUUUUAUUAUAUUUGUGCUAGUGAUCGGAACACUCCUGCUAGCUCUGCUCCUCACAGCAAAGGUACAUCAAGAAAGUGUACAUAUGAUUGAAGUCACAAGCAAUUUGAUCAAUGAAACUGUAGCUAAUCACCCAGAAUGGGCCAACUGGCUUCCUGAAGCUCAGGUGAUUCAAAAAGCUCUGAAUUCAGCUGCCAGUGAUGUAUACCAGUAUGGUCGAGAAUGGAUAACGCAUAAGCUCCAUAAAAUACUAGGAGAAAAAGUGAAUAACACUGCUCUGAUUGAAAAGCAAGUUCUGGAGCUCUGGGACAGACUGUAUCAUUCUUGGUUUGUGAAAAAUGCAACUCAUUCAGGAAGACACAAAGGACACAAGCAUCAUUUAAGCCGUCAAAACAGCUGGCCAAGUGACAUGCUUGAAUGGCAAGAUGUUGCUUCCUUCAUUCAUGAGAACAUUGAGACAUUUCUUUCAAUUCUGGAAUCCCUCUGGAUAGUGAUGAGUCACAACAUGGGUCUCCUUUUUACUACAGUUACAACUUUAGUAACUAUUCUCUUCUACAGUGGUACGGCUCUUCUCAAUUUUGUACUCUCACUGGUGAUUUUUCUGACCACACUGUUCUACCUUUUAAGUUCCAGUGAUGAAUAUUACAAGCCAGUGAAGUGGGUGAUCAAUUUGACUCCCUUAUCACAGCCUAGCCCUUCAUCAAAUAUAGUUGGCCAGUCUGUGGAGGAGGCGAUAAGAGGUGUAUUUGAUGCAUCCCUCAAAAUGGCUGGGUUUUAUGGACUGUACACCUGGCUGACCCAUACCAUCUUCGGAAUUAACAUUGUCUUCAUACCCUCAGCAUUGGCAGCAAUUCUUGGAGUUGUUCCAUUUCUGGGAACAUACUGGGCAGCCAUACCUGCAGUUCUAGACCUCUGGCUUGUACAAGGAGCAGGAUGUAAAGCAGUACUUCUCUUGGUUUGCCAUCUAUUGCCAACGUAUUUUGUAGACACGGCAAUCUACUCUGAUAUAUCUGGAGGUGGUCAUCCAUACCUGACAGGUCUUGCAGUAGCUGGCGGAGCAUAUUAUCUAGGGCUGGAAGGAGCCAUCAUAGGGCCCAUACUCCUUUGUAUCCUUGUGGUUGCCUCCAACAUCUACAGUGCUAUGCUUGUGAGCCCAACAAACACAUUGCCCACACCAUCACAAAUGCCUUGGCCUUUGCAGAUAUACCGACGAGCAAGUGUCAUGAUCCAUAGCCAUGAACCUCCAUCCACCCUGGAGGAGUCCACAGACCAGGAAGGAGUCAGAGUGCAAGAACCCCAACCCUCCUUUUCACAGCCUGAAGACACUGUGCUGCCCUCAGACUCAGAAUCUGAUGAAUCUGCCAGUGAAACUAAGGCAUCCUUGUCCUGUCAGAGCCAGAUACAAGGCAGCAGGCCAUCUAGAGAAAACACCGAGGAAUUGAAAAUUACCACAGAGUGACAGUUGCAGUGUUGCAUCUAUUCUGUGGGAAGAAUACCUGUUUCUUCUGUGCGUGUUGAGCUCAGGAGAGCACUGGACUUUGGUUCUUUUUCCAGCUGUGCCUAGUAACAGCUUUCACUGAAGCUGCAUUUGCUUACAAGCAGACCCAUUAACACAUAUGUUGCCUUAGGUCAUUAUGUACAAUGCCUUUGCAAGUUGAAAGUUUUUACUAUUUUUUGUUUAUUGUGCAGCCCUUUGAUUUGGGAUACUUCUGUUUGCCAAACCUAGGUUGUGGCCUGCUGAAAUUUGGUAUUUAUAUUUUUGAUUAUGUUCGUAAUUAGAUUUCAGAAGUUCAAAUCUCAUGCUCUGAGAAUAUUUACUUUGACGGCUAUCCAUAUUUGUAGAGCUAUUAAGCCAUUAAAGUCUAGCACUUGCUAAAAGUAAAGUAUAUUUUUGUGCUACUCUUUAACAGAUUUCUGAAGGCAACCUUAUAGGCAUCUUUAAAAUCAAUGACAUUCGCUGAUAGUAUGACAGCAAUAUUGAUCCUGUCUGAAUGACUAAUAAUAAUAGUUAUGUAAAACCUAUAGAAUUAUGUUCUGUGUUGCGCUUGGGAGAAUGUUUGGUUAAAACAGCUUCAUGAUUAAUUUUUUCAGCUAAUCUCAUUUUAAAUAAAUUGUUCUCCUGUGGAACAAUUUGGAAGACCUAAUCAGUGCACCAAAGUCAAAACAGACAGUGUUCUCAAAUAAUUAAUGCAGUUUACCAAAGCACUUAAAUCAUUUCUGGGAAAUGGAUAUCUAGUUCUUAACCAUUAUUAAAGACCAGGGUAUGUUACAUUAGAUUUUUUUAAAAGUAUUAGCAAAUAAUAAAUUCAGGUGGAAGGAGAAAUGUGUUUCACAAAUUCUCUGUGUACAGGACUGAAGAAUUGCUGCUAUAUACUGUACAAUUUAAAGUGUAUAGUAGAGAUAUGUCGAAUGCUUAUUACAAAUUCUAGACUUGAAAGAGUGACUUGUUAGCACUAAAAUAAAUAAGGGCAGUUUUGUGGGUUAAAGUCAAGAGUAGACAAACUAAACACACUUGAAAGUACUUAUUUAGUUUAAGACAAAGCUACCGGCAAACACUUUUGAUGACUAUACUUAUUUUAACCAAAGUAAAACUAUAAUGUUAAAAAGUCUACUUCCAGUUUUAGUCUUAGUUUCUAGACUACUAGACUGCUUAUGGCGUGCAUUUUGAUUAGGACUAUUGUUGGCGUACCAAUCACCCUGCUGCACAACAGACUCCCUAACUGAGCUGAUGGACUUGGCCACGGAGUUGGCAUCAGAGUCAACUAGACUACUGGUAGUGGAGGGCUUUAAUGUUCACUUUGGGACCAGGUUGUCAGGAGUGGCUCAGGAGUUUGUAGUGGCCAUGACAACUAUGGGUCUCUCUCAAAUGGUUUCAGGACCAACUCAUGUUGCUGUUCAAAUGCUCAUUUAGUCUCUUACUCCAGGUGGUGUUCCAUGGGUGGGGACUCCAGUGAUUUCACCAUUGUCAUGGAUGUAUCACCACCUGGUUAACUUUGGAUUCACAACCACAACCCACUUCUGCAGUGGUGAAGGACCUACUACUAGAAUGGUCUGCCUGAGAAAGUUAUUGGAUCCAAUAGGAAUCCAAGAAGCCUUGGAAGGUUUUAGAGCUGACUUUGCCAGUGUUUAUGUUUAUGAGAAAGAGAGCCAGCGUGGUGUAGUGGUUAGAGUGCUGGACUAGGACCAGGCAGACCCAAGUUUAAAUCCCCAUUCAGCCAUGACACUAGCUGGGUGACUCUGGGCCAGUCACUUCUCUCUCAGCCUAAUCUACUUCACAGGAUUGUUGUGAGGAGAAACUCAAAUAUGUAGAACACUGCUCUGGGCUCCUUGGAGGAAGAGCGGGAUAUAAAUGUAAUAAUAAUAAUAAUAAUAAUAAUAAUAAUAAUAAUAAAAAUUCAGCCAUCCCAGGUCCUUGGGAAGGACUCGAUGUCUGGAUAAAACAAACCAGUCAAUAACACCUGUCUGACUGUGUAAACAAUAAUAAAUAAUAAUAAUAAUAAUGUCAAUUCCCUUGUUCAAUCUUGGAAUAACAAACUUACUAGGGCAGUUGUCAUGGUCGCUCUUAAGCAUCCUUUCUGACCUGUUUGAAAAUUAGCUUUAUGGUGGCGCUUCAGCUCCAGGCAGUUUUGGAGGAGACAGGUUAUUUGAACCCAUCUCAAACUGGCUUCUGGGUAGGAUAUGGGGUGGAAACGGCUUUGUUUGGCCUGAUGGAUAAUCUCCGAUUGGAGAUAAACAGAGAGUGUGUGACUCUGUUAGUCCUUUGAGAUCACUUGGUGGCUUUCAGUAACAUCAACCAUAAUAUCCCUCUGAGUCACCUAAGAGAGUUGAGACUGGAAGGCACUGCUUUACAGUGGUUCUGCCCCUACCUGUCAGGCAGAUUUCAGAUGGUGUCACUUGGAGACUGUUACAAAAGCUCUCAUGUUGAAGAGUAUCAAGUCCCACAGGGCUCUGUACUGUCUCCAAUGCUUUGAAACAUCUACAUGAAGCCAGUGGAAGAAAGCACAAGAAAAUUUGGUGUAGGCUGCCAUCAGUACACUGAUGACACCCAAAUCUAUUUUCUCCGUAUCAACUUCAUUGGGAGAUGUAUAAUUUCCCUAAAUGCCUGCCUGGAGGCAGUAGUGGACUGGAUUGAGGGGUAACAAACUGAAGCUGAAUCCAGGUAAGGUAGAGAUACUUAUUGUGUGGGGUUAGAACUAAAGAGAUUAUUUAGAGCUACCUGUGUUACCACUCCUCCACUAAAACCUUUGUUCCACUAAAAAGGCAUCCCUGGUUAAUCAGGCAACAUAUUUAUUUUUAUUUAUUUAGAUAUAUUUUAUAUAUAUACACACACACACAUACACAUACACACACUAUUAAUGUAAGUAUUUAUGGAAACUGCAGGUGGCAGGUGCCUCCUUAGACAGUACCUAACAAAGCAAGGAUCACAGUUGUUUGAAUAAGAGCUGAUCCAAGAACAAGAGCUGAUUUUGUGGUAGCAAGCAUGAAUUGUCCCCUUUGCUAAGCAGGGUCCACCUUGUUUACAUUUGAAUGGGAGACAAUAUGUGGCACUGUAAGACUUUCCCUUUAGGAGAUGGGCAUUCUUUGUCUCUGGCUCUAACCUGAGUGCUACAUGCACAUGCACGCACACACAGUUACUAGGGAAUAAAUCCCAUAGUAAAUCCUGUUUAAUUUACAUAGUAAAUUACCAUGUUUGCUGAGUAUGAUUACUCAGAAGUAAAUCCUAAGAAUUUAAACAUGGUUGCAUAUACUCUUUCCCCAUUUGAAGGUACAUCUUGUGUUUUGCUUCAGGCAAAAACAGUGUCUUUCUCUACAGAGUGGCCUUGUUGCGUACUACUAUCCUCAUGAACCUUGCACAAUCUUUUCUGGCUAGAAGUUCCAAAGAAGUGCAGCAAGGAAACUGGGGGGGAAAAUAUUUUCACCUAGCACCAAGAAGCCAGCAUUGUGAUAUAGACUGCUCUUUAACAUGAAGGUUCUACAUCAGAACCAAAUUGCCUGUGACUAUGGAAACUUACUUAACUGUAUUUAGGAAACUAAGCCUCCAUAUUUACAGGUAGUUUGCCUCUCAUAUAGAAGCUCCAUGUUCAAGGGCAGUCUAUACCAGAAUACCAGUUUGUUGGUGCUGGUUGGGACUGGUUUAUGGACUUUCCUUGCUGCACUUCUUUGAAGCUUUCUGGAAGCAUCUGGCUAAGCAUUUUGAGAAAGAGAAUGCUGGACUAGAAUACACAUUCCUUUUCAAGCAGCAUUUUGAUAACUGAGCUUGCAACUCUAUAUGCACAGCCAAGUAAGAAAUAUAUCUUACUUGUUUGUGAGGGUCAUUUUCAGGGGUUGCAGCCUGGCAAUUGGAGAGGGAGGAAGAGGAGCAGGUCAACUCAUCAUACAGGACACUUUGUGGGAAGUUCCCCUUCCUCCCCACACACACCCGCUUCUGAAACAGAAGAGCUAGCCAAGAAGUCACUUGCCUUCAGUGUGGCUUGAGAUUUAAAGGGGAAACUGUUGUUUGUUGUUGUUUAUUCGAUUUCUAUACGCCCUUCCAAAAAUGGCUCAGGGCGGUUUACACAGAGAAAUCACAAACAAAUAAGAUGGAGCCCUGUCCCCACAGGGCUCACAAUCUAAAAGAAACAUAAGACAGACACCAGCAACAGUCACUAGAGGUACUGUGCUGUGGGUGGAUAGGAUAGAGAGAAACUCUUAUCUCCCAUCCCACCCCCUUUAAAUCUCAAGCUGUGAUGAAAUGGCAAACACUUUGCUGGUUAGAGCAGUGGUUGAGAAGGUCCAACAGGCAUGUUGGAAUUCUGAUAGAGUUACAUAGCAAAAGGGAAUUUUGUCGGAGGGCUCCUCCUGUCACUGCAGAUCUCAUUCCGCUAAUGCCUGAUAGAGGGCAUAUCAGGUCUGACAUGCCUGGAGUUCAAUAGGAUGCUUAGCUUCUAGCCACCGCUACUGCCAGUUUGUUUUAAAACUAGAACAAACAUAGGAAAACCAGACCAUAAACUUAAAGGUCAUACAAGUGAGGGAAAGUUACCAGCAUGCUUUAAAGACAGAAGGGACAAAAUGAAAAUAAUGCCUCCCAUCUGAUUCUGAAACGGGAAUGAAACAAGAAAAUAAGGAAGACUAAACAAAUGGUGACAAGGGAAACCUGUUUUGAAGCACACAAACAAAAAGAAAACUUGCCUAGACUUCUUUUAAAGGAAUAACAGCACCAGCCAUUUAGUUCGAAUGACGAGUAGCCUUAGCGAUGGAGGAAGUUAGCUAUAAAAGGGGGAAACAGGUGGCCACAGUCACAAGCGACUGGACUGAACGUCUGGGUUUGUGUGCAAAGUAAUGCUGGUUUGGUUAAUUUGUAUGUCAUUACUCUCCCUAUACUAGCUCUCCAUGCAAGCAUUGUGGCCCUCGUAGUGUGCAGUAUCCCAUGAGUGUUUUGCACACCACAGGCGCUACUGCUCACUCCUAUUUGAGUGGUUGCGCAAAUGUCAAUCUCACAGUAGAGUUGCACAGUCCAAUGGUUGUAUAAUUAUGCAGUUCCAUUCGGCUGUUUUUGCCAUUUUCGCAAUAUCACUUUUGUGCAACUAUUGAAUGUUACUUUAGGAUGCUGCUCCUGAUGCAGACCUUUGGAUUUUUUAUUUCUUUUGCAGCAGUGGAGUUUGGAAUAUGGGGGAUUCUUGUGAAUAGUGCAUACAUUCUGGACACUGUACAUUUGUGUUUAAUGUUGUUUCUGCUGUUAUACAUCAAAAUCAUAAUAAACCAUUUAAAAAGA